AUGAGGGUGAUGAAGGAACACGGGGGGUUUGAGGACAGUAAGAAUGAGCGUUCAGAUUGCACUCCCUGCAAACAGAAGGACGAGGAUGAGGACGAGGACGAGGACGAGGACGAGGACGAGGACGAGGACGAGGACGAGGACGAGGACGAGGACGAGGACGAGGACGAGGACGAGGACGAGGACGAGGACGAGGACGAGGACGAGGACGAGGGAUGA